AUGGGGUACAUUAUUCAAUGUAAGAACUUGACGCACUUGCUUGUGUUAUUAGCACUGAUUAUUUGUUUGGUGGGAGUUUCAGUGUGUGAGGGUCGGCGAUUGUCAGCAGAGGUUUCGAAAAUCAGAGUGGUAGCAAUUAAGAAGUUGAGAAAGCUAUUGGUGAUGUUAUUAAGUUAUCGAUUAUGGAGUGAUGAUGGUAAUAGUUGUGAUGUUCUUCUUAUAUAUUCAUUCAUGGUGGCGGAGAAGAUUUUUGAGGAGUGGGAGUCCCAGUGCACCAUGUAUGAUUUCAGGGUACUCAAUAAGCUUCUCGUCGCUUACUGUCGAAAGGGUCUUCUUGAAAAGGCUGAAUCUGCUCUGUAUUUUGAUGACGUGAAACUAUUACUCUCUUCUAGUCAUGCAGAAGAACUUGAGAGUAGUGAGACAACUACUGCGAGGAAAAGAAAGAAGUCAUUUUCUGACCCAGAAGAUGUUAGUGAAUCUUUGAGUAUUCAAUCCAAUUCAUCUGGGGAGUUUGCUUCAGCCUCCAGUAGUGCUACUUCAAGUUUGCUUUUGGAUCGAUACGAUGACCAGCUUCUGGACACAAGGUUUAUAUCUAGCAAGUCUAUAAGGCGAGAGUUGAGACGACAACAGCGCAUAGCUGCUGAAAGAAUGUGUGAUAUCUGUCAGCAAAAGAUACUUCUUGAUAAAGAUGUAGCAGCACUAAUGAAUACGAAGACUGGAAAACUUGCUUGCAGCAGUAGAAAUAUGAAUGGGAUAUUUCAUGUAUUUCACAUUUCCUGCCUCGUACACUGGAUCCUUCUCUGUGAGUAUGAAAUAAUGAUGAACCAGUCAGUCAGUCCAAAAGGGAAACGAAAGUCUAGGAGAAAGAAUGGAGCCAAGCACAAUGAAGUGGGAAAGGAUGGAGAACUUAUAUCUACAAACCAAAUUUGUUCUGUGCUCUGCCCAGUGUGCCAGGGUACUGGUGUGCACAUUGAAGGAGAUAAGCUUGAGGAAGUAACUGUCACUCUCUCUCAGAUGUUCAGAUAUAAGAUUAAAGUGAGUGAUGCACAUAGAGCUUGGAUGAAAAAUCCUGAAGUGUUGCCAAACUGCUCAACAGGAUUUCAUUUCCCUCCUCAAUCUGAAGAAACGUUUCAGGAAAAGGUGUUGCCUCUAAAAUUGCUUCAUUUCUAUAGUGCCAAUGAACAGUAGUCAUGCACAAGUUUUACCGAGAUGAGCCUUGCUAAUGACCUAUAGGUUUAGUAAUAGCAUGCAGAAUUUGCUGUAAACAAACAUUUAUCAUGUAACCUGUUGUACAGGUAAUUGUCAUGUUUCUCAUGAAAUUCUUGAAUGGCACUUCAGACAAGGGUGGGUGCGUUCAGGAGUUUAACCUUUGUGGAUAGCUGUAUAUAUGUUGUCUAACAGAGGUCCAUACAUCAGUGUACAUUGCUUGCAUGUGUCUGCACUGUAAAUGAAUUGGUAGAUUGACUCUUAAUUGUUGAAUGCUGUACUUCAUUUCUAUAUUUUUUUUCUUUCUUAACUUAUUGAUUAAACAGUUUAGCCC